AUGAAACCAGUCACAGAUCCCGCCCCACCCCAAACCAUGCUUAAACCAAAAGCCUCUAACCCUAAACCAAACUCUGAUGGCACUCACAACUCAUGGGCAGACAAAGUUCGAGUCUCUGACUCCAGCACCAGAUUCACUUUGGAACCACUUUCUAGACAACCUGUAGGUUGUAACCUCAAGAUCACAGAAGCAAUGCUCUUGGACAAUUCUGAACAAUGGAACCACUGCAUGAUUGGAUUUUUCCCAGGGUUCCGUAUGCCAUUCCACGCAGUCAACUCCAUUGCAUCUAGGGCAUGGCGAUCCUAUGGUCUUGAGAAUGUUACCACAACUGCUAAUGGCUUCAUGAUAUUUCGUUUCAAGACUGAAGAUGAGCUGCAUACUGUCCUCGAGAAAGGGCCUUGGAUGUUUGGGGGCAAAAAUAUAAUCCUGCAGCAGUGGCACCCUCGUUUUCAAUUUGAUAAGAACAAAAUCACCACCCUGCCUGUUUGGGUUCGGCUUCAUGGUUUACCCUUCCCAUUAUGGUCCAAGCAGGGAUUAAGCUUGGCAGCAAGCAUGGUUGGCAGGCCUCUUUUAUGUGAUGAACUUACAUAUAAUUGCACUCGCCUGGAGUAUGCACGACUCUGUGUUGAAGUCGAUGCCACACUGCCUUUUGUUCACAGGUUUGAGAUUGAAAGUCCUCUAUCUGCUGCACCACUUGUUGUUACUGUGGACUAUGAAUGGAAGCCCUCAAGAUGUGAGAAAUGCAAUGUGUUUGGUCAUUGCUGCCCCACCUCUGCAGAAGACAAAGGCAAAGGCAAAGCACAUGAUGAUCCACCUGCGGUUCCUACUCAGUUGCAACCAGAUCCUCAACCGACAAUCAUAACCAGCACUAAGGUUGCAACUCAAUCACCUGCAGAUAAGCCACCAAUCAUCAUGGCCCCAACUCAGUCUUCACCUCAGCCACACGUCAAACCCCUACCUGAUCCUAUCAUAAUGCCAGCAGACCCUGCAGAUAUAGAUGAUUGUGAUUCCAGCCAAGACUCAGGGGAUAAAUCGGGUGGGGAUGCAUCUUGGCCCCGAUAUCAAGAUGACUUCAAAGAUUGCAUCACACAUUCUGAGCUCUUGCAGGCCCCUUACACCGGUCUCAAAUAUUCCUGGCAUAAUGGCCAACAUGGCAGCCAGAGUAUACAAAAAAAGCUAGACUGGGUAUUUGGUAAUCCUCAACUAUUCUCUACUUGGCCUGCCACUAAUGCUUUAUUUCAGACUAACAGUAUUUCAUACCACAGUGCAAUGAUUCUAAGCCUCCUUAGUCCCAGCAAGCACCCUCACUCUCCUUUCAAAUUUUUGAAUACAUGGGCUGAUCACAAAGAUUUUAUAGCCACUGUUGCCACCUCUUGGCAACUUCCUGUACGUGGCAAUCCUAUGUACCAAUUUACCACUAAGCUGAAGCGAUUGAAGAUUGACCUGAAAUUGUUUCACCGGCAGCAUUCCAGUAACAUCACGGGCAGAGUUGUCAAUGCUAAAGCAAAAUGGGAUGCAGCUCAAUUUGAUCUUGAUAGGAACCCAGCAUCAGAGACAACCAAACUCACUGAAAGAACACUUGCUUUACAAUACCAGCAACUUUGCAAGGAUGAGGAGUCCUACUUCAAACAAAAAUCAAGAGUACAAUGGAUGCACCUUGGAGAUAGGAACACCAGCUUCUUUCAUAAAUCCUUGUUGCACCGCCAGGUCAGGAACAGAAUUCACAACCUGCAGGAUGACACAGGUAACCUCAUCCAUGAUCCACAGGAAAUAGGAAGGAUGGCAUCAACAUAUUUUGAGAACCUGCUCUGUGCCCCACAGUUACCAAUGACCGAAGACCUCACAACCAUCUUUCCAAACACCAUAACAGAAGCUUCCACUGCUGCCGCCCUCACUUCCAUUACUGAUGAUGAUAUUAAAGCAGCAUUGUUCUCCAUUUCGGAUGCUAAAGCCCCGGGACCAGAUAGGUACAAUUCUUUGUUUUUCAAAAAAAGUUGGGACGUCAUUAAAUAUGACUUCAUUGCUGCAAUCAAAUAUUUCUUCUCCAACAACUGCUUGCCCAGAUGUGUUAAUGCCACCCGAGUUGCACUUGUGCCGAAACAGGAGCACCCAAGUUGCUUACAUGACUUCAGGCCUAUAUCUUGUUGUAAUGUGCUUUACAAAUGCAUAGCCAAGCUACUUGUUAUCCGGUUAAAGGCAGCUCUAGUUGAUGUUAUUGGCCCUUCUCAGUCUGCUUUUAUUCCUGGCCGUAACAUCUCAGAUGCAAUUCUUCUCACUCAAGAGCUCAUGCACAAUUAUCAUCACAACAAAGGUCCAAGCCGGUGUGCACUCAAAAUUGAUUUGAAAAAGGCUUUUGAUACGGUCAGCCUGGACUUCAUCAUUGCAGGAUUACAUGCUAUAGGCAUCCCCCAUGACAUGAUAAACUGGAUCAAGACUUGCAUCACCACUGUCCACUACACUAUCAACAUCAAUGGAGAAUUGCAUGGCUUUUUUCAAGCUUCACGAGAUAUUGAAUCCAUAAUGGUAUUGAAGUCAAGUCUGGACAGAUUCUCCAAGCUAUCCGCCCUAACCAUUAACCUUGCUAAAAGCUCUCUCUAUUUGUCUGGUGUUGACGGCAGUUUGUGUAACAAUAUUAUGGACAGCAUAGGCAUCCAUGAAGCAUCCCUCCCUGUGAGGUACCUAGGAGUACCGCUCAUCUCCACCCGGCUUACACACACAGAUUGCUUACCAUUGGUGGAGAGAAUCACAUCUAGAAUCACAUUGUGGACAUCUUCCUCACUCACGUAUGCUGGCCGACUACAGCUGAUAAAAUCAGUAUUAUUUUCCAUUCAAGUGUACUGGUCUUCCAUCUUCAUCCUUCCAUGUGCAACCACAAAGAAGAUUGAAAGCAUCCUUGCGGCUUUCUUAUGGAAAGGUACCUCACUCUCUCCCACAAGAUCAAAAGUUGCAUGGAAUGUAGUUUGUUAUCCGCUACAUGAAGGAGGUUUAGGCAUCAAAAGGCUUAAAGCAUGGAAUCAAGCUGCAACAAUUAAACAUAUUUGGCAUCUCCUCACAGACAAAACCUCAAUAUGGACAGCUUGGGUGCACAAAAUUCUCUUACGUGGCAGAUCAUUUUGGCAACUCAAUAUGCCUUCAAAUCCAUCCUGGUCAUGGAGGAAAAUUUUGCAGACCCGAGAGCUAUGCAGAGGCUGGUUCACUUCAAGCAUAGGCAAUGGCUCAUCCACAUUCCUGUGGUAUGAUUACUGGCUACCUGAGGGGACAAGAUUCAUUGAUGCUCAUCCACUACGAACACUCACCUCCACAGGGUUGCCUUGGAAUGCACGAGUUUCAGCUAUUAUACAUGGUAGGCAGUGGCAGUUUCCAAGGGAUGCAACUUCAUUACAAGCUAGCUGGAACUCCAUCCUCUUCUAUCCAAAUCCUUCUUCUGAGGAUACUUAUAAAUGGACGGGCCAUCCAUCGGGGAAAUUCAGUAUUGCCUCAGCAUGGGAAUUACUUCGUGCUCGACGCCCAAGUAACAACAUGCAUCAGCUGUUAUGGUUUGCAGGCCACAUCCCUCGACAUUCUUUCAUUCUAUGGCUAGCAUGCUUAGGUCGACUUCGUACUAUGGACCGUCUCUCCUUAGCUGGAAUAAUUCAGAACGCAACAUGUAUAUUCUGUGGAUUACAAACAGAGACACAUGAACACCUUUUCUUCAUCUGCACAACCUCUCGCCAGUGGGGUUCAACAAAUUACUGCAAAAAGAAUGAUAUCCAGCACACUAUAGCUCGCCUUGUUCUCUCCACAACUGUUUACCUGCUUUGGCAAGAACGGAACAAAAGAGUCUUCAACAGCCAAUACCAGACAGCCCCAACACUAGCUGAGGACAUCUUCCAACAGGUUAGAUCACAAAUAUCCACUAUGAAAUUCAGUGGUAGAAUUCCUAACGCAAUCUGCAACAUAUGGGGCCUCAUGGAUCUGCAAACACCUGCAUGGUGA